GCUGGGUCAGCUGAGUAGUGACGUGCAGUGUACAUAGGAAUUGCUGCUGCUGCAGGUGGGCGAUUAGACUCUGAUCAUCUGACAGUCACCUGCCCGGCCGGUACAAUACAAGACGCCAGUGUGCACAGCGCUGAUACAUACUGCUGGCUGCCGCUAUGGAUACGCUGCUAACAUGGGCCCUGCUGCUGUGUGCACUGAUUCAGCCGGGAUCAGCGCUAGUCAGAAUCCCGCUGAAAAAAAUGCCAACAAUCCGACGUUCUUUUGCUAGUACCAUUGAGGACCUGCAGGAGCGGAUAGGAACAAAUGGGACCUUUUAUUCGGGAUUUCCUCCGUGCACAGAUCCCACACCAGAGAAACUGUUAAACUAUUUAGACGCACAGUAUUAUGGGGAAAUUGGCAUUGGGACUCCUCCACAGCCCUUUACGGUGGUGUUUGACACUGGUUCCUCUAAUCUCUGGGUCCCAUCCAUUCACUGCUCCCUGCUAGACUUCGCCUGCUGGGUGCACCACAAGUAUGACUCUUCCAAAUCCUCUACCUAUGUUAAGAAUGGCACUGACUUUUCCAUUCAGUAUGGCAGUGGGAGCCUGUCUGGAUACCUCAGCCAGGAUACUGUGAUGAUUGGAAAUAUGGCAGUAAAUGGACAACUAUUCGCAGAGGCCAUCAAGCAGCCUGGGAUCACUUUUGUGGCAGCAAAGUUUGAUGGUAUAUUGGGCAUGGGAUAUCCGCGAAUCUCUGUAGAUGGUGCCCCUACUGUGUUCGAUGACAUUAUGCAGCAGAAGCUGGUGGAUAACGAUGUGUUCUCCUUCUACCUGAACAGGGACCCAGAUUCCCAGCCUGGCGGAGAACUGUUACUCGGAGGCACAGACCCAGAAUAUUACACAGGAGACUUCAAGUACUUUAAUGUGACACGCAAGGCCUACUGGCAGAUUCGGAUGGACCAAGUUAGCGUUGGAGGGCAGCUCACACUGUGUAAAGGCAGCUGCGAGGCUAUUGUGGAUACAGGGACCUCCUUGCUCAUUGGCCCAGUGGAAGAAGUGACCGCACUGCAGAAAGCUAUCGGAGCCAUCCCAUUGAUUCAUGGAGAGUAUAUGGUGCCAUGUGAUAAAGUCCCCUCACUGCCUGUUGUGACAUUCAAGUUUGGAGGACAGGAGUUUAGCCUAACCGGAGAGCAGUACGUUUUGAAGGUAAGCCAAUUUGGCCACACAAUCUGCAUCAGUGGCUUCAUGGGCCUUGACAUUCCUCCGCCAGCUGGACCACUCUGGAUAAUUGGAGAUAUCUUCAUUGGCCAGUAUUACACUGUGUUUGACCGGGCUAAUGACCGCGUGGGUUUUGCCAAAGCCAAGUAAUCUCUCACUAGACUUGCCGUCACAACAAACACUAAGAAGCCUUGAUGUGAUCACUUGUACAGUCAACUCAUGAAAGCUUUAUUGCACCUCCUACUCCAUAACCAGCGUUAGAGAUAAAGGCACUAGGGUAUCCCAACCACUGUCAAGUCACACUAACAGUCCAGGUUUUAUAGCUAGCCAUGCUUCAGCACCAGUGACUUAAUUAGUACUUCCGUUAUUUUGAUUAACCAUCUGUGCUCAAGCAUGGAUAUCGCAAAAAUCUGGACCAUUAGGGGGGAGUUCAAGUGUUUGCGUCAGUGGCUGUCAGUACUGGGCACCUGAUGGAGCAGUUCAGUUGUUGCUCUGUUCAGGUGGGAACAGCUGCCUGCAUUUCUGCUCGCAGCCCCCCAUGCUGUCAAGCAGAAGUGUGCAAAAAAUGACCUGUUUGGACGACCACACUGCACUUUUCACGUGUCACCCAGAACUUUGGCACUGCAGUGUGCUACCAGCGAGAAAAAUAAACACCAAUAGAAUAGCGCCCUCCCCAAUCUCCCAUCACUUUAGACGGCAGAUCGGUCAGGUAAACAAUUGAAUUACACCCUUAGUGUGCCUUGAGGACCGAUGUUGGGAGACCCUGCUCUGCACCCUUUCUUCUGCUGUGUGGUGUAACAGGGUGCUUUCACAGAUUUCCUGUCUUUAUCCUGCAAGUUCGUUCUAUCUCCAUAAAUAUUGCAAUUGUUUUUGCUAAAAUCUUUUGCUGUGUAAUCCGGUGGUGUAAAGCUGAUUUCAUGCUCUUUAUUUCUUUACGUAUGGGGAAAAUAAGUAAUUAGAUGACUACUGUCCAUCAUACCAUCAUCUGAAAUUCAGGGCAGGCUGCCCUUAAUCUGUUGUAGGAUAUUCCUAUUUUCUGAUUUUCUAAGGAAUGAGACACUAAGAAGGACAAGUGGGGACACCAAUAAUGCCUCUUUUUCCACAUCAGGAUUUUUGCAUGUCAAUGUGUUUUUGCUCAUUUAUUCUGCUCAGUAGAAAUAGCUCCCCCCCCCCCCAAAAUAAAAAAUAAAAAAAUAAAUAAAAAAAAAUGGUAAGGAUGCAGUGGAAACCUGUAACCCGGGUCAUCCAGAUGGGGAGAGCAGUCUCUAUGGGGUAUAUUCAAUUGAAGUCGAAAAGAUGGCAGUUUUCGACUUUUUUUUUUUAAUUUUUUUUUAGGUCGGAAGGGGUUCCAACCUGUUCAAUAUUUUCGACAAGUUGAAAAAUUCGACUUGUCGAAAAGCACGUGGAUGCCGGACUGAGAUGCGGACCCAGAGGGGGGGAGGGGGGGGGGGAAGGAGAGAGCCGCAGGGAGACGGUGGGACAGCUGCCGGCAGCCAGAGGAGAUCAGUGCUACAGUAGCGCUGCAGAAGGAUGUCACACAGCCGCCCGACCUCACGGCAGCUUCCACCCGGCUCCAGCACGCUGGAUAAAGUCUAAUUGAGAUGGGAUAGAAUAGGGGUUGUCUGAUCCAUUCCGACAAAUGCAUGUCGGAAUGGAUCCGACGCCAAAUGAAUAUACCCCUAUACCUUCCAAUCGCAAUGUCCGGCAGUCGGGAUGUUGGGUGACACACUGUCUGCGCUGCUGUCUGCCCAGCUAUGCAGACUGAGCAGCGGUGCCGGUUGAAGGUGAAUGGAUGCUGCACACUUGCGUUUGGUGCUCUGUGACAUGCGGUUGCGCCCCCAAAACUGGCAUCAAUUACGGGCUUGUGGCCUAACAGACCAAGGCCGUACACCGGGGUCCUGAUCUGAUGAAUUUCCUAGCACUUGGAAAUUAUGCACCUGUGUCGUGUGGACAGUGCCGAUCCUGAAAUAACCCGGGUCGGAGCUGUAUUGGGAACAGAGUCUGACCUGGAUUGGAACAGUGUUCCAAAUCGUGGGUCAGACACAGGAGUUUAGUGGAAAAGGGGUAUUUCUAAUGCCAUCAAUUAAUAGUGUAUUUUCUUUUGUAUUUUUUUUCCCCCUCACAAUAUCAAUGGAUAAUAACUGUAUCAUCCUGAGGGUACAUGCACUGCUAUAUCCUAUCGUCAUACUUCCAUGAACUGCAUGUAUUUAUGGGAAACUUUUUUUUUUUUUUUUCCCCCCCCCCUAUCUCCUUGUAACCAAACUUAAGUAAUUUUUGUGUUUUUAUGUUUAAUUUAAAGAUUGAUUUGAGAUGUGUUUAUGGGGAAUUCUAUGUCUAAUUAAAGUGAUUAAACAUUCACAGUAUAAGGAAGAGGAUUAUAAUAGAUGCACAGCAGAGUGGGUGACAUUUAUUUUUGAUAGUGUGAUUAUUGUAACUUUGCAUUUGACAUGAAUGCUGUUUUCCUAGGUUACAAGAUCCUAUGUAUAUAAUACACUUAUGCUGGGCGUACACACUACAGUAAUCUGGCUGAUCCCCCUGAUCUCAGCGGAUCAGCCAGAUAAUUGCAGCGUGUAUGCGGGCACUGAUCUAGUAAUAUCAAUCUGUUGGACAUGCCGGAUCUUCAAGCUUGUCCCUCCGAUUUGAUAUUUUGAAGUGUCGUGUGUGUGUGUGUUGCGGCUGUCCAACCGAGAGUUCCCCUGUUUCCUUCACAUGGAAAGGAACAGGGAAAUGCCUCCUGAGUGCUGAUAUUUUGUUGCAUACACUGUGCGUGAUCUCAUAGUGCAUGGGUCUUCAACCUACAGCCCUCCAGCUGUUGUGGAACUAUACAUCCCAGCACGCCCUGCCACAGUUUUGCUACUAAGGCAUGCUAAAACUGAGACAGGGCAUGCUGGGAUGUAUAGUUUCAAAGCAGCUGGAGGGCCGGAGGUUGAAGACCUAUGUCAGUAUAUGCCUGUGAUAUCUGCAGUGUCAGAUGAAAUGUCUGUCGGAUGGGCAUUUAUCUACCAAUGUAUGCCCAGCAUUAAAAAUAACUUAUAAGAUGUCAAUUUAAGGAAAUAAAGAAUUUUUUUUUCUCCUUGGA